UAUAGGGUGUACUCUAUAACCGACUAACCCUAGCCGCAACUCGCACAACUCACCAGUCUCUCUGAUCUCUCCUCCAAUCUUCCGGCGACUCCACACCUAACCUUCCGACCACCGCUGCCUCCGGCGACCGCCGACAGUUUCGACCGCCUCUCUCUCCGUCUCUCGCGAUUCAACAAGGCUUGAGUCAUCUCAGACUCAUCUCAAUUGAUCACGGUUUUGUACGAGAAUUAAGAAAGCCAAAGAAGAUGGAAGAUUGGGAGGAUGUGCCAGACCCAAUUGUUAUAAAAAAGGACCCUAAAAGCAUGUGGGAUGAUGAAGAUGUUGAUGAAGAUGGUAUAAAAGAUUCAUGGGAAGAUGAAGAUGAACCCGCCCCGCCACCAGUGGUAGCACCUCCUCCUGCUGUGAAGGUUCCAAAGAAGUCGACAGUCAAACCAGCCCAAGAAAAAGCGAAAGCCGUUGAAGCAGCAAAAGAGGUGCCAUUAGAUCCUUUAGCAGAGAAGCUCAGACAACAGAGGCUCGUGGAAGAAGCUGAUUACAAGAACACAGCAGAACUUUUUGCCAGUAAGAAGGGUGAUGACAAAACAAUUGAUACUUUUAUCCCAAAAUCCGAAAACGACUUUUUAGAAUAUGCAGAACUCAUUUCUAAUAAACUCCGUCCCUUUGAGAAAAGCUUUCAUUAUAUUGGACUGCUAAAGCAUGUAAUGAGAUUAUCAAUGACCUCUUUAAAAGCUGCUGAUGCAAAAGAAGUUGCUUCUUCUGUAAGUGCCAUUGCUAACGAAAAGUUGAAAGCAGAGAAAGAAGCUGCGGCUGGUAAAAAGAAAACAGGUGGUAAGAAGAAACAGCUGCUGGUGGAUAAGCCUGAUGAUGAAGCUGUUGUAAACGCUGGUUAUGACGGUUAUGAUGAUUAUGAUUUCAUGUGAUGGAUGAUACUGCUGUUUUGGUUUUUCGGGAUUUUGUAAUUACGGUUUGAUAUGAGCCGGGGUUUUGAGAAAACCUACCAUUGAUUCUCUGGUUUCGUGUCGGCUGGACAAUGAGUGUUGGUUACAUACUAUGUUUGUGGUUUUAUUUAUUUAGCAUAUAAAAACUUUGAAAUUGCAUCUAUACAUUCCUUCACCAUGUGGGUCGUCGUCAUAUAAACACAUCAGAUUGUACUCUUAAUACUUUAGUCUUCUGUAUGUGUGUCUAAGUUGACAUUUAUUUA